AUGCCCACGCUGUACGAGCUGACCGCGGUCCCGGCCGGCUGGCCCGUGGAGACCGUCCUCGACGCCUUCGUGCACUUGGCGUCGUACAGCCCUGCUGUUGCCGGUGUGCAGCGUGCCUACGAGGCCGUGGAGGCGCGGCUGGUGGAGCUCUGGGCCGCGCGGCCGGCGGAGGCGGCGGCCUGGCGCGGUCUGAACGAGGACCGCUCCCAGGAGCGGCUCGCCGAGCUGCUCCUCCAGCACUGGCGGAGCGAGCUGAGCCGCUGGAGGGUCACCUCCUUCUCGGAGGCGGGGCUGCAGCGAGAGACUCGGAGUCGGACGCUUUCUUUGUCGGAGUGGGAGGCUCAAGUCCGCCCUCGUUGCUGGGAGCUCGCUGGGCGGCUGGCAGCGGCCGAGGCGGAGGCAGAGGAGACGGCGCGGAAGCGGCAGAAACUGGAGGCGAAGGGCCAGGAGGCGGAGCCGCUGCGGGAGGAGAAGAGGCAGCUGGGCGAGCGCCUGGAAGCCGCCGAGGCCGAGCUCCAUUCCGCGAAGGAGGUCGUCGCCCAGCAGAAGUUGGAGAACGCGCAGCUCAACGCCAGCUUGGAGGCGGCGCAGGCGGCAAGUGCCGAGAAGCAACAGGAGCUCCAAGCCGCGAAGCACCAGUGCGAGCUGCUCACGGAGCGUGUGGCGGCGGCGGAAGCGACCUUGGCGGACAAGGCGCGCGAGGUCCAGGCCGCUCAGGACGAGGGUGUCGCGCAGAAGGACUGGUGCGAGCAGCUUGCGCGUCGUUUGGAGGCCUCAGAGGCCGAGGCGUCAGGAAAGCAACGUGAGCUCCAUAGGUUGCAGGCAGAUUGUGACGGAAACAAGGCAGACUUGAAGUCCAUGAUGGAGAACGCAGCUCUCAAGAAGGUUGGCGAUUUGCUGGAGCAGCAGCUUGCAAAGGCGGAGGCCAAGUUGGAGGCCAAGUCGGGCCAGAUGCAGGCCCUGUCGGAGGAGAAAGGCGUGUACAAGGAGCGCUGCCGCCAGCUGGCGUGCCAGCUUGCCGAGGCGAAGGAGGAGGCAAAGCGCUUGAGAGGCGGGCCCCCGGCUCAGGCCAGCCUCGCCAGCCACGGCCCGGGUGUUUCCAGAGAGGCCUCCAGCCAUGGGUCCAGCCUCGCGGAGCAGCUGGGGUACACGGUGGUGGAGGACGACGUGGCCUCCUCCGUGCUGAGCCGCUCCUCCGGCUUCUCCGUGAAGCCGGACUGCUUCAUGCCUGAAGCCGUCUUCAAGAGCCGCAGCUCCGUCAUGGACUUCUAUCUCAUGGGCAAGGACCUCCAGAAGAGCUCGCAGGUGGUGGCCGGGGACGGCGAGAGCAUCAUGGACGUCGUCGAGAUCUCGAAGGAGCACCGCAAGACCGAGCUCGUCAGCCUGGAGGCGGGGGAUGCCUCGCUGCAGGUGACCCACGACCAUCUCGUUCAGGUCCCCGAUGCAAACGGCGAGCUGGGAAAGAUGCUCUACCAGAAGGCCGGUGCGCUGAAGGUGGGUGACCUGGUGGUGCUCGAUUCCGGGGAGCCGGUGCCCCUCACCAACGUCCACACGGAGCCCGCGGAGUGCGAGGUGCUGAGGGUCGUCUUCGACCCGGACCUGCCCGUGGCCGCCUUCUCCUGCCCGCCUUGCAUCCUCACGAAGGGCCACAAGAGGAAGCCUCCUGUUCGCCGCGGGGGCAUGUGUUCCAGGGGCAAGGGGGCGGCAUCGACGGCAUCGGCGGUAGCAUUCGAGGCGGCGGAUGGAGGAGCCUCCAUGCCCGAUACGGCAGCCGGAGUGUACACGGACUGCUCGCAGUGCCAGCGCCACGGGCACCUUUUUUCAAACAUCUUCCCAUGGGGCGGCGUCGCCGACUGGGCUAUCUAUGCCCCCGGGAGCAUCUCUUUACGAGGCAGCCUCGGUGUGGCAGUUGCAUCGAGUCGCAUGUCCCGCUGGCAGACUGUGCAGGCUUUGAUCGCAUUCGAGGCGCUGGAAGUAAAGGCCCACCACGAGCGCCCUGCAGAUUCUGUAGAGCUCCCCUUUUGCUGGAAGGCCCUCGCCAUGAAAAGGGCCCCUGGGCCUCCUCGGUCUGGCCCUUGUGAGAUCCUGCUAAGGGAGCUCAUACGUCAUUCCAGUGACCAGCUAGAUGCAGACUGGGAUAUGGAGCGAAAAGCGCAUGAGAGCUUCGCAGACGCGGGCGAGCGCGUGCAGAAGGCCGCGGUGAAGGUGCUGGCAGAGCAGAUCGGCGUUCUGAGGCGGAGCAGCCCGAUGAACGCCUACGAGGCCUGCGACUUGCUGCGGUUCGUCUGCGAGGAGCUGAACGAGAUGGUGGGAGACUUGCGGGGUACCUGGCAGCGCGCGCAGCCCGGGGAGCCGGUGCCUCCCUUGCCGGUGGAGGAUAUCCCGGCCGAGGAGCUGCUGAAGAUCGGCUGGGACUUCCACUCCAACCGGGUGAGCAUCAUCAACACCGGCGCCUCAUUUCUGGCGUCGCUCCAGCUUCUGAUGUCCUGUGACCAGGCCCUCGUGCAGAACCGGGAGAUCUCGACUGCUUUCGGAGCUUUGGGAAGGUCUCGCAAGUCCCUGCAGUUUGCUGAUGGUGUAAAGCGGAGCUUUCUGGGCGCCACCGCCGCUCAGCGCGGUCUUUCAAAGAGUUUCGAGAAGAACGGUGAUGGCGAGCUGACUUCGGAGGAUCUUCGAGCUGGUGCGGAAGCUACUGCAGACCUGGAUCUUGGAGGUCAUGGGAGGUGGGCGCGGAGCUUUUGCGCGCCAAGGCCGCCAGGCCCUGCGCUCCUGAGGCCUGUGGACGGAAAGUGUCCCCAUGCUGCACCUGCAGGCAUUGGUGUCAAGAGUCUUUGGCAAGAAGUCGCAUGA